AAAAAAGUAAUUUUAACUAAUAGCGAGAAAAAAAUUAAGCGAAAUGAUAGAGGUCAUGGUCACUACAGUAUUCACGCUUAAGUCAAUAUCAUCAUCGUCAUUAUUAUUAUUACUACUACUCUCUAUGCGAUGCAUAAUAACACAUGAAUUUAAUAAUUUUUAGUUUAUUCAUUUUCAUCAAUCUAGUAAUGUCCUAUGUAAAUAAAGUUGACGGAGAAGAAAUACAGCCAAGCGAUUUACACACUGAAAUAGUCAAUGAUUCUAUGAAUAUUGGUAUAAAUGACAUUAUGAAAGUGAUCGAGACUCUAAACAGUCUUUCUAGCAAGGAAUAUACAUCUAUCGAUUAUCAUGACGAUGAAGUAGUAGACGAGGAGAGAAAUGCUGAAGUGCUUCGAUAUCCACGUGCAGUGACACCAUCACCUUCACCGACAGAAUUAGAUUCUGAAUAUAAAAAUAUCCCGUGCAGUUUUAAAUGCAUUCUUCGACCUAAAAUAAACAGUCGAGAAAGCAAAAAAGUGUAUUCAACAGCUUUACAUUUACCAGAUAAAAAUACCGCCAUAUUGGAUUGUUUUAAUUCAUCUUUAUCCAUAAAUCAGACAAUUGAACAGAAUCAACUAUUGAACAUUAAAUGGAAUAAAUCAGUAACAAGUCAAUGUGUUACACAUUUUACUUCUCGUCUAUUGCAUAUUGUUAUAGGAACAUUAUCAAAUGAAACAAAUGGCAAUCUGUUCACAUUCACUUCAAGUCGAAUGAGUACUGCAAUAUAUAAUUAUAUUUUAACGCAUAUUAAGCCUAUAACUGAUUUAUAUAUAACAAUUGCAUUACCAUUAUUUCGAUUGGAUAGAAGUGAUUUCAACAGAUUAUCACCAUGGUUGCGGUAUAUAUCACUGGAUGGUAAAAUGUUACGUCACCUGGAUGUUAUGCUUGUAGCUAAUUUAUCCUUGGAUUAUUUUAUUAUACAAGAUUGUAUUAGAAAAGAAGAGACAAUGAUUAAUCCCCACGAAUCUUCUUUGCCAGAUUCAAGAAUUGAAUUGAACAGGAAUAGGAAUAACAAUAAUAAUAAUAAUAACAAUAUAAGAAAUAUUGAAAAUGAAUGUUUAGUCUACUGGAGAUAUUCUUGUCCACAUUAUCCUGAAUUUAUCUUAGUAGCUGAUUUAAAAGCCCAUGAACGACGAUGUCCAGCGAAUACAAAACGCUUUCAAGCAAUAGUGUUAGAAAGAUCACUAGAUAGUGAAGAAUAUCUUCAACAAGAGAGUAUGAUGACUACGCAACCGGUGACGAGUAGCCUUCGUGCAAAACGAUCACCAAAACGUACUAAAACAAAGGGAUCACAGUCUUCUACGUUAGCCACGACGCAAGCAUCAUCAUUGUCGACUACAACAGAAGAUAAGACCAUCACGCCCAGCCCCACAACAACAUCAACAACAACAACCGAAUCGUCUACACCGACACCUGUAAUGCCUUCUUCAUCUCAACCUCCACUUGUAAGUCAACUCACUUCUAUCUCAUUGCAUAAUCAAACAUCAACUGAGUCAUGUGCUUCUAUGGAUAAAUUUCUAGGUGUACUAGAAGAUUAUUUAGACAAACAUACUACUAAUAGUAAUAAUGAUUGUGAAGAGAAACUAGACUGGUUAAGAAAUAUGAUAACAGUACUAGUGGCCAUCUUACUCUUAAUGACUAUGAUUCUCUUAGCAGCAUUAAUUAUGCUGAGUUAUUCUAUCAGACAAUAUAUGAUAUUACAACGAGAAAAUAAGAUAAGAUAAAGUGACCGCCCGCCCUCCCUUUUCAUUUUCUAUUUCAUUUAAACAAUGUACAGAUUUCUUUCGAUUGUUAUUCGCACACAAAUAUAUACAUAUAUGCAUAAAAUCAAGUGUAAUCAUUACUACUAUUUUUUACAUUGGCUGUUAGAGCGCCAGAAACGAUUAUUCCGUAAUCUGUUCUUCUCUUUUUUGUGAUUAUUAAUAUAAUUUUCG